CUCAGUCAUGGUGCUUGCGGAAGUCCUCAAGCUCAUUCUUUGUGUUCUGCUGCCUCUUCCCCUUGUGGCGUGUGCAGACCCUCACAGUCUGAGGUAUAAUGUCAGCAUCAUUCCUCAGCCCAAGCCUCAACAGCCAUGGUGUGAAAUUCAAGGGCACAUGGAUGAGAUGGUGUUUCUCUCCUUUCACUGUGGUGGUGAGGUGAACCCCUUGGGGCCCCUAGGAAGGAAGCUCAACAGCACAGAGACCUGGGAGGAACAGAUUGAAAUGCUGAAAUAUGUGACUGAGGAGCUCCGGAAGCAGCUGCUGGACCUUAAAUCUGAGAUCUUCCCAACCACUGAUGUCCCCACCCUGCAGGGCACGAUGCGCUGUGAAAAGGAAGGCAGUGAGAAAAUACACUGGUCCUGGGAGUUUGGCUUCAAUGGACAGAGAAACCUGCUCUUUAGCUCAGACAACAGUAUGUGGACAGAGCUUGAAGCUGGAGCCACGUGGCUGAAGACAGCCUUGGAGAAUGAUGGGGCCAUGACCAAGUUGUUGAAGAAUGCCUUAGCAGGAGUCUGUGAGAAAUGGCUUUUGAGCUUAAAUCGAUCCAGGAAGAAGAUGCUGGGGACCACAGGUAACUAG